UCCCUUUCCGGGCCGGGCUCAGUGCAGCAGCAUCCUGCGCGCAUGCUCCCUGGAGGGAGAGGGCUCUUCUCGGAGAGGAAAGGGAAAGGGCAAAGUCGAACCUGGCAUGAAAGCGCCUCGCGGGGGCGGGAGGUAGCCGAGCCGCGCCCCCCCCCCGCUCUGCCCGCCUUCCCUGCAUCGGCAGGAGCCGCCGCGCGAGCCCCGCCAUGGUGCUGGAUAGCCUGGCCCGCAUCGUGAAAGUGCAGCUGCCCGCCUACCUCAAGCGCCUGCCCCUGCCGGAGAGCAUCAGCGGUUUCCUCCGGCUGACAGUUUCAGAAUGGUUACGGUUGCUGCCUUUCCUGGGUGUCCUUGCCCUGCUCGGAUAUCUUGCUGUUCGUCCAUUCCUUCCAAAAAAGAAACAGCAGAAGGAUAGCUUGAUUAAUCUCAAAAUCCAGAAGGAGAAUCCGAAAGUAGUGAAUGAAAUCAACAUCGAGGAUCUGUGUCACAGUAAGGCAGUGUACUGCAGGUGUUGGCGCUCGAAAACGUUCCCUGUCUGUGAUGGCUCUCACAAUAAGCACAACGAGUCAACAGGAGACAAUGUGGGUCCAUUAAUACUCAAGAAGAAAGAAGUCUAGCAAACCCUUAACUAAACCAUGACUGAAAAAGGGGUGUAUUUCUACCCCAUAUGUGGUAGUGCUUUCAGCCUAAGAAUUGCUGUAGUCUUGACUUUUGAUAUCUUUUUAGGUUUCUUUAGAUUUAUAGACUCUUCUAAAUAUGUGAUAUUUUGUAUAAUCUGAAAAAUAAUGUCUAACAUUACAAGAAUGCCCCCCUAAAAAUUGGUGUCAAUCAGUGUAACAGAAUGACCAUUCCCAGAAUUUCUGUUUAACCUAUUUGGUAUGAACAUCCUUUAAUAAAACAUUAGACGAUA